CCCUGGGUCCUUCACAGACAUCUACGAGAAAACAUUGCAUGGCGUAAAGAACUACAACCGCGAGAAGGUCAGGAUGAUCCAGAAAAUGCUUAAUAAGUUCGUCGGCAGCAAGUACAUUUCUGUUUUAAGAACGUGGGUGCCAAACAUGGUGGGCUGGGGAACAGUUGGUGGUGUGGCCCUGGUUCACUUCACAGACUGGCGGGUUUUUCUCGACUAUGUGCCGUACGUUAAAGGGAAGUUCAAAAAUGAUGAUGAGUAAAGAUCCUCUACAAUCAAUUGACCACAUCUUGGGAAUGGGCACAUGGGUGGAUUGCUUUUACAACCCGAGUUUAAGAGGCAUGCCACGGUUCAGCAAACACCAUCUCUGCAGGCUUGCUGGGAUUUCAGACUACGGGAUGCACUCUGUAUAAAGGCUGUUCUUGAUCCAGUAUUAUUUAAUGUGAAUAAAACUCUAAUUGACCCAA